CAAUGGGACGCAAACAACCUGGAUACAGCUAAGUUCAGUUGCCAGGGUACAGAUGAGAAGGAAGUUUAUUUUUUCCGACAAAAUUCGUUGUCUCUGGCUGAAAAAGAUAGGCUUGACUCCUGUUAUCAGACAACACUUCCAGUUAAUACAGCAGUGCUUGAGAAGUUCAUAAAUAAAAGGAUACAGCCCAAAGAACUUUUUGAGCGUAGCUUUGAGAUUCAGUAUAACAGAAUUAAUGAAAAGGCUUGUUCAGGCUGUGUGGCAACGGCUGGAUUAUGUUGGCGCGGUACAUAUUUAGGUAAAAGCAGCACAUGCCUAUAUGAGAACGGAACAAUUCUCUCGCCUUAUCCUCAGUCAGGGAAAAUCAAGAAUUUGGGACAGAAGAUUGGCAUAGCCACUGGUGCAGUAGGAGGUAGUCUCAUUCUGCUGUUGAUUUUCAUCUUCUAUUGCCGGAUAAGAGCUAAGCAUGGUUCAUCUUUGUUCACUCAAAAUAUGUCUUCUUAUUCCACGGAUGUUGAGGCUUUCAUAGAGCAGUAUAGAUCCUCAAUCCCCAAAAGAUUUCAGUACUCUACUGUCAAAAGAAUAACAAAUUCGUUCAGAGAUGAAUUGGGCAGAGGUGGUUAUGGAAAUGUAUAUAGGGGCAGCUUGGCAGAUGGCCGUCUCGUUGCAGUGAAGGUCUUAAAUGCAACAAGAGGAAAUGGAGAAGAAUUUAUUAAUGAAGUUGCAAGCAUUGGAAGGACUUCUCAUGUAAAUGUUGUAACUCUCCUCGGUUUUUGUUACGAGGGUAAAAAGCGGGCUCUUAUAUAUGAAUUUAUGGCUAAUGGAUCUCUAGAAAAGUUCAUUUUUGGUACAACUCCUUUAACAGAAGGACAACAUCUUGGAUGGGAGAAAUUGUACAACAUUGCUAUGGGAAUUUCCCGAGGACUAGAGUACUUGCACCGAGGCUGUAACACCCAUAUAUUACAUUUUGACAUUAAACCACACAAUAUUCUUCUUGACGAAGAUUUUUGCCCUAAGAUAUCAGAUUUUGGCCUUGCGAAGUUGUACACUAGAAAAGAAAGUGCAGUCUCCUCUUUAGUACAAGCUAGAGGAACCAUUGGUUACAUUGCUCCAGAAGUUUUUAGUCGAAACUUUGGACCAGUAUCGCAUAAGUCUGAUGUGUACAGCUAUGGAAUGUUGAUUCUUGAGAUGGUCGGAGGAAGAAAGAAUGUUGAUGCUCAAGCAGAUCACACUAGUGAGAUAUAUUAUCCUCGUUGGCUGUACAAACGAAUCCAAUCUAAAGAUGUGCUAAAUUUGGCAGAUGAGAUUUCUGUAGAAGAAAAUGAAGUGGCAAGGAAGAUGGUGAUCGUCGGGUUGUGGUGCAUACAGAUUUAUCCAUCACAAAGGCCAUCAAUAGGCAAAGUGAUUGAAAUGUUGGAGGGGAAGAUAGAAGCACUGGACAUACCACCAAAUCCUUACUUGUGUUCUGUUCCAACUUCACCUUCGCAUACUCAGAUUUAAUUUGUUUUUUUGCUCUCCUUUAGAAGCAGAAUCCACUUCAUAUUUUUACGCUUUUCCAAGAAUUAUUCUUAUUAAUGAUUACCAUCAUCGUUGAAUUUGAAAACUGGAAGACAUUAUUGAGAAUUAAGUAAUGAUUUCAGCCUCUAGAUCUAUUUAUAAAGGCGAAAU